CCGCCUCUUGUAAAGAUGGCGACGACGAGGCACCGAGAUGUGAAGACUGGACGCUCAGCCCUCAAUAAAUACCGCUGGUCCGGACUCCGCACCAACUAACGCGGCACGGACGGAAAUUCGCUCGAUUAAUUUGUCAGUCGCAGCCCCGCUAUUCAACAUCGUCUGCGGCUGUAGGUGUCUCUCCCCCCCCCGGUUUCACCGCUCUUAGCUCGAAGUUGGUGCGGCUCCAGAGCUGGCCCGGGGCUAGCCGCGUAGCUGCGGCGGCUGCUCGGCUCUCCCCGUGCGGCCACUGUGCGCCAAUACCCCCGGACGGUGCCAGAAACUGGGUUUAUUUUAAGUUUUUUCUGCUUUCACGGAAACAGCCGCUCAUGGGUCACCUGAGUUAUUAAAAUUAAACCAGCACUGUUGCUUCAGAGUGUCUGGCGUUGAGUUUUCCGUCAUGUAUUUCCUCACCGGCUGGCCCCGGAGGCUGCUUUGUCCGCUGCGGAGUGAAGAGGAGCUUUUCCACAUCCAGCCCAGCUCCCAGAGGUUUUACUUCGCCCUGCUGUCAGACACACAGCUCAGCAUCUGGUUCAGCCGGCCCAGCGUUUUGAUAGUCAGCUAUAUCGAAUCUGCAAAGGCGGCGGCCCAGUUUGGCUUCUACCAGAAGGCAGAAUGGAAACCAGAUGACUCCAUGAUAGCUGUGGCUACUGCCAAAGGCUACAUCCUCCUGUUUGACGUGUUAGGUGGAGGGGAGGAAAAGUACCUCUAUGAGCCUGUCUAUCCAAAAGGUGCUCCUCGUGUAAAGGUGACCCCGGGUUAUAAGGAGGAGCAAUGUGCCCCUGCUCUGUCUUUAGAGAUGAAGAAGCCUGUGGAUCUGGAGGCCCCUAUCACCAGUCUGCAGUCCCUCCAGGAGGACUUACUGGUUUGUACUGCAGAUGGCUACCUCCAUGUUCUGCACUGGGCCGGGCUAAGCAGCAAUGGACGCAAGGCCAUCUGCCUUACUACAAUCCCCUUUUCAUUAGACCUGCAGUCUGCUAGAAGUGGUCCCUCUCUGGACCUGGAGGGAGUUUUUAUCCAUUGUAUGGAGUAUUGCGUAACCCUGGAUGGCUUCGCUGUGGUUCUCAGUGAUGGACGUCUGGGCUUCAUCACACCUCUGAGCAACACCAUCACAGCAGAUCAGCUACAAGGGGUUUGGGCAGCAGACGUGACCGAUGGCACCUGCGUGGCUGUCAACAACAAGUACAGACUGAUGGCUUUUGGCUGUGCCAGCGGCUCAGUGCUGGUGUACAUGAUAGACACCACAACAGGGUCCAUGCAGCUUUCCCACAAACUGGAGCUCACACCGAAACACUAUCCAGACAUUUAUAACAAGACGGGUGCUGUAAAGCUGAUCUGCUGGUCACCUGACUACAGCGUUGUCAUGGUUACAUGGGAGUGUGGUGGCCUCUCACUGUGGAGUGUUUUUGGAGCUCACCUCAUCUGCACUUUGGGAGAGGACUUUGCGUAUUGUUCCGAUGGUACCAAAAAGGACCCUCUUAAAAUCAGCUCUAUGAGCUGGGGAGCAGAGGGCUACCACCUGUGGGUGCUCCCUAACAAACAGGAGAGGAGGAAAGAGGAUGAAGCACAAGAUGUUGAAAUGGUUUCACCUCCUCGGCCUUCUCUGCAGGCUGGCAUACUGCAGUUCCACUUCAUUAAGAGUGCCCUCACAGUCAACCCCUGCACGAGUAACCAGGAACAGGUGUUACUCCAUGGUGAAGACCGCCUCUACCUGACUUGUGGCGACCCCACACAGAUCCACAGCACCUCCGAUGCACACCCGCACACACACUUGCACCCGCGUGACGGCAGCCCGCUGCACCAACCCUCCCACCCAGACUCUUCUCUCUCUCAGGGACUCAGCACUUUACUUGGACACAAGCAUUGGCAUGUCGUCCAGAUUCACAGCACAUACCUAGAGAGCAACUGGCCCAUACGGUUUGCAGCCAUAGACACAGCAGGCCAGUGCAUGGCGGUGGCGGGAAGGCGGGGCUUUGCACACUACUCCUUAUUCACAAGGAAAUGGAAGCUGUUUGGGAACAUCACUCAGGAGCAGAACAUGACAGUGACAGGAGGUUUGGCUUGGUGGAAGGAGUUUGUGGUCGUGGCCUGCUACAAUUUUACAGACCAGCAAGAACAGCUGAGACUCUAUCAGCGCUCUUCCAACCUGGACAACGCCUUCGCUUCAGUCACGAAGCUGCACUCAGAUACUCUGCUACUCAACGUCUUCAAAGACAUGGUGAUCCUUUUCAGAGCUGACUGCUCCAUCUAUCUGUACAGUCUAGAGAAGAGGAAUGAUAGUCCAAACCCGUCAGUCAGUGUGGAGUUGCUGCAGGAGGUGUCGAUGUCUCGCUACAUCCCUCACCCAGCUCUCGUGGUCUCUGUCACACUCACAUCCGUGCGCACCGAGACUGGCAUCACAUUGAAAGCUCCGCAGCAGGCCUGCAUGGCAGAGAGCAUCAUGUUGAAUCUGGCUGGCCAGUUGAUCAUGCUGCAGAGAGACCGGUCAGGACCACAGGUACGAGAGAAAGAGACGCCAGCCAUCAACAAAAAGCUGCUACCAUUCAGCCCUCCUGUCGUGCUGGCCCAGUGUGUGGAGAACGUCUGGACCACCUGUCGGUCCAACAAAAAGAAGCGCCACCUGCUGGAGGCCUUGUGGUUGUCCUGUGGAGAGGCAGGAAUGAAAGUGUGGCUGCCGCUUUUCCCUCGAGACCACAGAAAGCCCCACUCUUUCCUGUCCAGGCGCAUAAUGCUGCCUUUCCACAUCAACAUCUAUCCUUUGGCGGUGCUGUUCGAGGACGCCCUGGUGCUGGGCGCAACCAAUGAGACUGUUCUCUAUGAUGGGCUGCAAGGAUCAUCUGAGCCACUGGAAGCCGUGUUUCCCUACUGCACCGUAGAGAGGACAUCCCAGAUCUACCUCCACCACAUCCUGAGGCAGCUGCUGGUUCGCAACCUGGGUGAACAGGCUUUGAUGCUGGCUCAAUCAUGUGCGUCCCUCCCCUACUUCCCUCAUGUCAUGGAGCUGAUGGUUCAUGUGGUACUGGAAGAGGAGGCAACGUCACGAGAGCCCAUACCGGACCCGUUGCUGCCAACUGUGGCGAAGUUCAUCACUGAGUUCCCCCUGUUCCUCCAGACCAUCGUCCACUGUGCUAGGAAGACGGAGUACGCCCUGUGGAACUACCUGUUUGCUGCUGUGGGAAACCCUAAAGACCUGUUUGAGGAGUGUCUGAUGGCUCAAGAUCUGGACACAGCAGCCUCAUAUCUGAUUAUACUCCAGAACAUGGAGGUUCCAGCUGUGAGUAGACAGCACGCCACGCUUCUCUUCAACACAGCACUUGAGCAGGGCAAGUGGGACCUCUGCCGACAUAUGAUCCGAUUUCUCAAAACCAUUGGUUCAGGGGAGAUGGACACUCCUCCAACAACACCCUCUACCCAGGAGCCCAGCUCAACUGGAGGCUUUGAGUUCUUUAGAAACCGCAGCAUCAGCUUGUCUCAGUCAGCAGACGCCAUCGCAACAGGAAAAUUCAACCUGCAGAAGACCUUCAGUAUGCCCUCUGGAGCUUCUGUUAAAGGUCGGGACGUGGAUUGUCCAGAGAACAUGUACAUCGACAUGAUGCUGUGGCGCCACGCACGCCACCUCCUGGAGCAGGUCCGCCUCCGAGACCUGGGAUGCUUUUCUGCUCAGCUGGGCUUCGAGCUCAUUGGCUGGUUGUGCCGUGAGCGAAACCGCGUGGCCCGAGUUGAGGAUUUUGUUUCAGCUUUGAAGAAACUGCACAAGGAUUUCCUCUGGCCAUUCCCCGUUAUUCCUGUGGGAAGCCUCAGUUCACCGCUGAAAAACGGCCGCUGUCGUACAGUGCUGAGCUCACGGCUAUUGAAGUCGCAGUCUGCAGACAGUCUGCUGACCAGCGACAUGGACACGGGCCCACCACUGACGUCUCCUAGCAACCACGCCUGGAUGGACAGGCUCGGACAAAGGACCAAAGACGUGGACACAGCUUCAUCCGCUCACUCCAACCAGCACUCACCACAAACACACGACGCCUUCCUGUCGCUCCUCACAAACAAAGUGGAGGAGUACAGCAUCGGAUCGGCCACAGACCUGACGGAGACCAGCUCAGUGGUGGACGGUGACUGGACAAUGGUCGAUGAGAACUCCUCCACUUUGAGCCUAAGUCAGGCUGAGCUGGAGCACAUCUCCAUGGAGCUGGCCAACAAAGGCCCACACAAGUCACAGGUGCAGCUCAGGUACCUUCUACAUGUGUUCAUGGAGGCGGGCUGUUUGGAGUGGUGUGUUGUGAUUGGUUUGAUCCUUCGAGACUCGAAUGUCAUCAAGCAGGUGAUAAGCUUCCUGGACUGUCCCGAGGUUCCUUCUGAAACUGUGCAGAGUAUCCGGAACGGUCUAUUGGCUGUGGAUACAUGGGCGUCCACUGACUGCCUGGGAUACAAACCAUUUUUAAGUUUAAUCCAGCCACAGAUGCAGGAACUCAUGGAGUCUACGUCUGAGCAGGUGCAGCCCGAAGCUUUCCAGCCCACAAGUCAAAACUCCAAGCUCGGUGUUUCCGAAGGACUGGGAGGAGUCGCGGUACCUCGGCCCGAAGAAAGCAGAGGAGUAGCCACUCCGCUGGGCCUGGCCUUGCCUUCCCUCGAACCUGCAGGAGUUUUUUCUCGUCCCCCCUCGGAGGACUGUCCUUCUGACCAGUCGGAGGAACAGGGAGACGAGGAGGGGACCUACGACUGCACCUUGUCCUGAACCACAGAGCCUCUCCUGGACUUCGACCUGUGACUUUCGGAUUGAUGGAAAGAAAUUAGGAAGCAGCUGACAGGAAACAUAUUUUGUGUUUGUGUGUGUGAGUGACUGUGACUGUGUGUGUGCACAAAAAGUACCUCUCUUCGUAGGUUCUCACUUCAGUCAGUAUUAUCCAAUCUUGAUAUUUUUUCAUUUGUUUUUUUCCAGUUGAGCCUCCUGCAGAUUCUGAACUACCUGAGGCGCAACUUUCAUCCCAGGUUCAGUCUGACGUUCCCUCUAACAUUUUGCCAAAAUGCGCUAUUUGGGGGGAAAAAAAGGUCACCUGUGUCAGUUUUUACUUAUACGUAAAGUGCAGCACAUUAAAGCACCAGUUUUGUUUUAUUCCCAGAAUUGUCCAGACAGAAAGCACCUAUUUUGAGUCAAUGGGAAUGAAUGAGAGUCAGUUCAAAGAGUUGAUCAUGCUACAGAACAAAGCUUCAGUCAUGAACCAUCUAAAAGAUUCACUGAGGUGUGUCUGAACCUACAUGCACAAGAGGUGUUUCAUACUUUCAUACCUCAUUAUUUUGAUACCUUUUCAGCAAUGUUAUGUAAAAGGGCGAGAAAAAAAGAUUAUUUUUCUACCAAUUGUCCAUCUGGAGUUUCCCUGUGAAAAAUUCUCCUUAUAUGAAUUCUGUGUAAUUCUUGAAACGUUAUAGGACCCCUGAGGUUAUUUGAGAGAGGAAUCCUUGCUGUUGCAAGUGCAUACUAGUUUCCUAGCAUUCAUUAGUGCUGUUUGUCUAGUUUUUAUACACCAAAGCCCAGACCUUUCAGGUCAAGGUCCAACAGUGUCCGAGCCAGAGUCUGGCCACACCUUUUAGGCCCAAAUGCUCACCAGGCCAGACCCUUUCUUGAAGUAGAUUUGAGGCAGUGGUGCCAGGGGAAACAUCUGCUACAAAAACCAAAUCCUGUGAUCAUGUGUCCACCUUUUUUCAAAUGUGGUUUCAGUUUUUGAGAGUUGAAAAUGGUCUCCAUGGUCAUUGCAUCAGAUCAUUGUUUUUUUUUUUUCAAUUAUUUCCCCACUUUGUCACCCAGUGCUCCUGCCUAAGUCAAUCCUGGGCAUUGCUCCCCUCUACCAACCCCAGGAGGGCCCUGCACUGAGCUCAGGUCUCCUCCUUACUUGAGGAGUGAGCAGGCAGCUUCUUUUCACCAGACACGGUGGGGCUUCUCUGCGCGUGGAAGGAUCACGUUAUUCCGGCCAGAUCCUCCCCACCCCAUCUGUCCCCGGCUGGCCAGAUGGGGGCAGUGUAUGGCUGCAUGUUUUUGAGAGGGGAGCACGGGAAGAAAAUGCAAACUCGACACAGAAAGGCCCUUUCGCCCUGGGUGCUGAAGUAAUGAGGGGAACUUAACUCAGCACCCAGAGCGUCCCCGGCGAGAAUUGAACCCAGGACCUUCUAGCUUUGAGGUGGCUGCACUACCAGCUGCCCCACCAUGCCCCUAGAUCGGGGGUCGGCAACCCGUGGCUCUUGAGCCGCAUGCGGCUCUUUAGCGCUGCCCUAGUGGCUCCUGGAGCUUUUUCAAAAAUGUUUGACCUUUUUUUUCUUUUUUUUCUCUUUUUUCUUUCCUUUUUUCUUCUUUUUUUUUUUUUUUUUUCUCUUUUUUUCUUCCCUUUUCCUUUUUUAAUCUCGACAUUUCGACUUUUUUCACGAAAUUUUUACUAUUUCUUCGACAUUUUGACUUUUUUCUCGACAUUUUGACUUUUUUCUCGAAAUUGUACUUCAACAUUAAUCUCGACAUUUCGACUUUUUUUCUCGAAAUUUAGACUUUUUUUUCAACAUUUCGACUUGCAUAAUGAAAAAUAAAUCUACCCCCAGUUAUAACUAAUAUAGAUACAUGAAGCAUGUGUUGCCUUCAUUCUAAGGCUUAUACAAGACUUUUAACUUUUUGCGGCUCCAGAGAUAUUUGUUUUUUGUGUUUUUUGUCCAAUACGGCUCUUUCAACAUUUUGGGUUGCCGACCCCUGCCCUAGAUCAUUGCUUUAUUUAACCCAUUUCCAUUUUAAGAUCUUUUCCAUCAUUAUGAGACUGCAGUUUUAUUCCCGCACAGCAGUGUUAAAAGCAAAGCAUCAGUAUUGUUUGAAAUCACCCGAUAAGAGAACUGAAACUUCGUCCAGUACAACAUGCAUAUCACAUGAUUUUGAGUGUUUGUGUGAUUCUGUGUGGAUUUCUGAAUUUGUGAACUGCAUUGUAUUCAUAAUGUGUUGUGACCGGGGACAUCGAUCACCUGGAAAUUAUUUUAUCGUAUUAGUCUUCAUUAUUGCUGUUAUUUAUUGGCAUUACAGCUGAGUGAUAAUUUCUGAAUUGAUAAAAGGUUGUUUUUUUUAUGACUGAUGAUAACCUUUCCCACCUUUCCUAAUCAAAGUGGUGCAUUGGCUCUCAACCACAAGCACUAAAGGUUUGUCGGAAGCAUCAGUAUUAUAUUGUGCAAUCUAUUGAAAUGUUACUCGAGCUUUGUUUUAUGUUCACCACUUCACUUCUCUUUUAAUUCAUUGUAAACCAAAACACGUUUUACAUUUUUUAUUUCUGUUCAAACUUGGACUCUUGUUUUGCUCGAACCUGCAGCAGAGUGUGGGCCCCGUGUCCACUUUGAACAAGCCUACAGCCUCACUACGCUGCUCCGCUGUAAGCUUUACUUGACUUGAACGUGGUAACUCCAUGAACCAAAGACUUUAAUGUCCAGAGGCCUUCUGUUAAAAACCGGCUGCGAAGUCGAGUCGUUGUGCAGAGGACAAAACCUCAGACACAAACCCACUCUCUCAUCCUGGAAAUGAGCUCAAAUGCUCCGAACUGAUGCUGACGUCAUACCAGACCGUCUCCCGAGGAAAUUAAAGCUUCAGAUCGUUGGUGGAUCCAGGUGGACAGCGUCCCUUACCUGUUGUAGUCUGAAAGUAUUGCCUGACGACUUGGAUUAAAGUAUUUUAUCUCUGGGCCAGCUGACAUCCUCAAUGCAGUCUAAAGCUACUUUCUUGUACAUUACCCUUUUCUACUCAUGUAUGAUUUUCUACUUCAUUUCCCCCCCUUGUACAUAAUGACGAAUAAAUUAUUUUUAAAA